AUGUUUUGGAGUUUUUUACGAGAUCAUCGUGGUUCUUUGAAAAACUUAUUUACCAGGUCUCCGAUUCCUUCACGCGUUGCAUCGUUUGUCGUUUCCUCGUACUUCCUUCUCCUUCAACGUGCUGCCAUCGCAAAAAACGCUAUACUGCCUCACUGCUAUCGUCGGAAAAGGCAACCCCCCCGCCCCCCUCCCCCCUCAUCGCUGGAAACGGCUUCAACCCCACUUCUAUCGCCGGAAUUUCCUACAGUCGCCCUACUUCGGGAUGACUAUGUCAAAGAGUGUGACCAAAAGCCAGAAUUAUGUGGAGUUUGCAAGUCAUGGAGGUCAGUUGCACUCUCCAACAAAACCAGGUUUAUGGCAUCCAGACCACCCAUGCCCAUAUGGAUCUUUGAGCAGGCUAUGGAGAAAGAGUACUCUGCAGAGGACUUUGAUGGAAGACAGGUCAAAAUGCACAUUCCCAAAUCUGGUGGCAAGACCUGUGUUGGAUUAACUUGUGGUUAUUUGGUCAUGUUUGGGAGAAAGCCCCUUGAGUUUUGGCUUAUGAAUCCUAUCACAAGGCACGGACUUCGUUUCCCCAAAGUCCCCAGUUAUUUUGAUCCCGAUCCAGAAGAAGUCAGGACUAUUCUAGUCUUCUCACCUUCAAUAGCUGCAUGGGUGUUUGUGGUCUUAUGCAGAUACACCUCCAAAAUAUGGUUUUCAAUAGCGGGUAAAAGAGAAUGGGAUUAUGUCUCCUCCACUUCGGACAUCAUUGAUUUACUUGAUUUCAACGGGAAGAUAUAUGCAAUAGACGAUGAUUCUUGUUUAUAUGGACUGAGACUCGAUCCAAAGCCCAAACUGAUGUUACUUAAAACCAAGAAUAUUCUGGAGUCAGACUCGGAUUUUCUGCAGUUGGUAAGUUCCGGUGAAAACAUUUAUGCUGUGGAAUGCUUGUCCUUCGACAACCAGGUUCAUAAACUAGAUCUUGAUGAAAUGUUAUGGGUGUCUCCAGAAGAAAAGACACUGGACGAAUAA